AUGUCACAACCAGCAACGAAGAGUCCCGGCUCUUAUAAAGAAGUGCGAUUCUCACAACCUCUUGUCCCUGUUCGCCGUGCACGAUCCAUUGCCUCCAGCACCCCGUUAUUAGACCCAGCCCAUCAGGCCGUCCGCGCAGCCCAAAAGGCAUUGAAGGAGAAGACAUAUAGCGAAUAUGCCGUUUAUAUUAACCAAUCUCGGUCCUUGUUGGAGAGCCAGCGGCUGAAUUUUGAGCGGGAACGUCUAGUAUUUGCAGAAGAACGAAAAUUAUGGGACAUGGAACGGGCAAUGCUCAAAGCCCGCAUUGCCGAGUUAGAAUCCGCGGUGCGCAACGUCAAUACUCAAUCGCAGAAAAGCCUUUUCAGCCCAGACUAUAGCUUGCAAAGAAAAUCGGCGGGUUCUAGUGUAUAUCAACCGAUGGACCAAAAACAAGAGCAACAUCAUGUCUGGGAAGGGCCCAUACCGGGAUCUCGACGGCCAACUCGAGUGUUUCCCGCUGAAGAUGACGCGGAUGGAAAAGCAACCCUCUACAUAGCUCCUACGGAAGGAAAUGACUUUGGCCUUCGCACCUCUCUCGACGACGCUCUCUCACCCCAGCUAUUCGACCGAUCAGAAGAAAUCAGCAUGCCGGUUCCGAUCGAGAAAGUUGAUAGCCGACUGGACGGAAUCACUCUCAAAUCGACGGCGUUGCCCCUGGAUAUUGUUGCCAAGGUCAUGACGCCGCCGACCUCUCUCUCCCCGACGUCGUCUCCGCCCAAGGAUGAGUCUGAUUCGUCAAGACCAGCGACGUCCGAUGCGAAAUCGCACUCGCCCCUCAAAUUGAAGCUAGAGGACCUUGGACCGCCUCAUGAAAAUCUGAUACGGGAUGCAGGCCAUACGCCCAUGGCCAUACUUGGCACAGAAUCUCCGAACGAAGCAGAGGGGUCGGAAGAAGAGACUCCACUGGCCCCUGUGACGACAAAACAGCCAGUGGAGAAUGGAGACUCAUACUUCCCAGUCAUUGUCGAUGACGAUCCUGCUCUAAAGGGACCUCUCACAUUACUGAACAGCGAAAGUUCAGACACUAGUUUCCUCUCGCAGCUGGACCAGAAGCUCCUCGAUGAAGCCAAGAAAGCGAUCUCGGGACGAGGACGGUCUGCUAGCGAAGUAGGAGACCAGCAAGAAGAUGACGAUACUGCCGAGGGCGCGGGAGAUGAGCGAGAUCCCGAGUUAAAAUUGAAGGCUUCUACCAAUUUUGGCACUGCUUUUGGACAAUGCUAA